AUGGCGAUUCAGGCAUGGUUGAUGGACGAUAGCAAUGAAGAUCCACGGCUUCCUCACCUUGGCAACCCUACUCAAUUUGUUUCGUUGGAUCAAUUAGCAGAAUUGGGUGUUUUAUACUGGAAGCUCAAUCCUAAUGACUAUGAAAACGAUCAAGAAUUGAAGAAAAUUAGGGAAGCUAGAGGAUACAAUUACAUGGAUGUGCUUGAUUUAUGUCCAGAGAAAGUUGAAAAUUACGAAGAGAAGUUGAAGAAUUUCUACACUGAGCACAUUCAUGAGGAUGAAGAGAUUCGAUAUUGUUUGGAGGGGAGUGGAUACUUUGAUAUUCGAGACAAAGGUGAUCGCUGGAUUCGCAUUUGGAUCAAGGCCGGUGAUCUUAUCAUUUUACCGGCUGGAAUCUAUCACCGGUUCACUCUUGACACAACUAACUAUGUGAAGUUAAUGAGGUUGUUUAUGGGGGAGCCGGUGUGGACAGCUUAUAAUCGGCCACAGGAAGAUAACCCUGCUAGAAAGGAAUACAUCAAGGGCUUCACUGAGAAAACUGGAGUGCCUCUUGCAGCUCAUUAG